UUUCAUUUCAUUUCAUACAUAUAUAUACACAAACUUAUACAGAUAAAUAAAAACCCAUCAAAAUUCAAAGAAUUCACCACCUCUUUUAUUUUUUCUCUCUGUUUAUAUUUUUAAUUUUUUUCUCUUAUCUCAACUGCUGUAAUUGCUGUUCGAGAAAAAAACAGAAACCAUGCUGGGUGACCACUCACCUCUUCUGGGUGGCGGUGGAGACACAUCAACACCCAACAUGACGGCGGAAGGUGGUGGUGGUGGCGGAGUUGGAUCAAAUUCUGAAAGUGAUAUUGAAAGAAGUAGAAUUGAAGAAGGUGAACGUAGCUUCGGCGGUAACCGGUGGCCGCGGCCGGAAACUUUGGCGCUUUUAAGGAUACGAUCCGAUAUGGAUACUGUUUUUCGAGAUGCAAGUGUUAAAGGUCCUCUGUGGGAUGAAGUUUCAAGGAAGCUAGCAGAACUUGGGUUUCACAGAAGUGCAAAGAAAUGCAAAGAGAAAUUUGAGAAUGUUUAUAAGUACCACAAGAGAACUAAAGAUGGUAGAGGUGGAAAAUCAGAUGGUAAAACUUAUAGAUUUUUUGAUCAAUUAGAAGCCCUUGAUCAUUUUCAUAACCACCCUUCAACUUAUCAACAACAACAAUAUCAGCCACAAAACCAAUCAAAAUCACCACAAAUUUCAGCAUCAAUGUCAACACCAACACCGACACCGACACCGUCGCAAGUUGUUACAACUGGGAUAACAGAAUCAACAACAACAGUGCCAAUGUCAUUGCCACCAGUGGUUAACACAACCGUUAGUAUCCCUCAUCAUGUAACUGUUUCAUCAAUUUCAAUGCCUCAAAACAAUGUUGUAACAACCCAAACCCAAACCCAAACAAUGAAUAUGAACCAAACAGUUUCCUCCAUUAAUCCUUCAACUAGUUUCCAACCACCAACAACAAACCCUAUCACCACCAUUCCUCUUCCACCUUUCCCUAACAUUUCUCCAGAUCUGCUAUCCAAUUCCAUGGCGAGCUCGUACUCGACCUCUUCUGAAGACACAACGGAAGAAGGAUCGCGAAAGAGGAAGCGGAAAUGGAAGGACUUUUUUGAGAGAUUGAUGAAGGAAGUGAUUGAGAAACAAGAGGAUUUGCAGAAGAGAUUCUUGGAAGCCAUUGAGAAACGGGAACAAGAAAAAGUGGCUAGAGAAGAAGCGUGGAGAGCACAAGAGAUGCUAAGAAUCACUAGAGAGAGGGAAAUUCUUGCACAAGAGAGAUCUAUAGCUGCAGCAAAAGAUGCUGCAGUUAUGUCUUUCUUGCAGAAAAUUGCAGAACAGCAAAAUCUAGGAGAAACAUUAAGUAACAUCAACAUUGCUCAACCACCUCCACCACAACAACCACAAAGAAAUGCAACACCACCACCCGUUCCCGCACCAGCACCAACUCCAACUCCAACAGCAGCACCGGCACCAACAUCAGCACCAGCUCCAACUCCAACAGCAGCACCCGCACCAACAUCAGCACCAGCAUCAACAUUAGCAGUACAAGUGCAUGCACCACCGCCAUUGCAACCACCGUCUGUUACAAAGCCGAGCCAACCAAUUGUCCCACAGCAGCCAUUGGUGAUGAAUAGGGAGAUAGUAAGGUUUGAUAAUAACGGUGAGAAUUUCAUGGGAGCAAGUCCGUCGAGGUGGCCGAAAGUGGAAGUUGAAGCACUCAUAAAUCUGAGAACAAGCAUGGACAACAAGUACCAAGAGAAUGGACCAAAAGGCCCUCUAUGGGAGGAUAUAUCUUCAGCAAUGAGAAACCUUGGGUACAAUAGGAAUGCCAAAAGGUGCAAGGAAAAAUGGGAGAACAUAAACAAGUACUUCAAAAAAGUGAAAGAAAGUAACAAGAAGAGACCAGAAGAUUCAAAGACAUGUCCUUAUUUUCAUCAGUUGGAUGCUUUAUACAGGGAGAAAGGCAAAGGAGACAAUUCCGGUGGCAGUGGCAGCGGCAGUGGUUUAAACUCGGCAGUGAAAGCAGAGAACAUGGCCGCUCCGUUGAUGGUGAGACCGGAGCAGCAAUGGCCACCUCAACAAGAAGAGAGAAACCGCGGAGAGGAAGAAGAUAAUAUGGAUGAAGAUGAUAGAGAUGGAGAAGAAGAAGAUAUGGAUGAAAGUGGUAGCGGUGGUGGUAACUUUGAGAUAGUUGCAAGCAAGCCAGCAGUGGGUGCAUCAGCUUGAGCUGUAGACUGUAGUAGUAGUAGUGAACAGAUGAUGAGAAUGAAGCAGCUGCAAAAAAGCUACAAGAAUCCAAAAUAUGAGUUUGUUGGUUGGUCAGAGAUAAUGCAGGAGUUGUCGUGGAAGAUGGUGGUUGUGGUGGUUGUGGUGGUAGUGGUGGUGGAGGAAAGAGUACUCUUUAGUGUGUGUGGAAGAAUUUGAAUAUGUACGGUGGAAUGACACAUGGACUCUGAAGAGGGAAAUUUUAUGGCUAUUGUUGGUUGGUUGGUACUUUGUUGUUGUAGCAAAUAUAGUUUUUCAAUUUUAUUAAAUUUCUUUAUUUUUUUGGGGUGAAUAUUAAAUAACUCUAAUCAAAGAGAUAUUUAUGAUAGAGUAUAGAGUCAGGUCAUGCUUCCAAAUAAUAAAUUAUAAAAAUAUAUAUAUUUUGUACCAA